ACUGAAUUAAGGUGAGCUCUCCCUGUAUGUUUAUCUCUUAAAAAAUGGCUUCUUUACUUUCGACUUGUAUAAUUAAUCGUCUAUCUCUACUUCGAUUCAAUCCAAAACCCUUGUUUAUUCCACAUAAUCAAUCCAAAGGUUAUUAUCAUUUUACUAGGCGGUUCUUGAUUUCUUCAUCGAUGGCUUCGGGUCCAAAAGAAAACCCAUCUAACAAUCCGGGUCUUCAUGUCACUCCAGAUGAAGCCACUAAAGGAUAUAUAAUGCAGCAAACUAUGUUUCGGAUCAAGGAUCCGAAAGUCAGCCUUGAUUUUUACUCGCGUGUGCUCGGCAUGUCGUUGCUCAAGAGGUUGGAUUUUCCAGAUAGUAAAUUUAGCUUGUAUUUUCUUGGAUAUGAGGAUCCAGCUUCAGCUCCAGAAAAUCCAGCUGAGCGCACUGCUUGGACCUUCAGCAAGAAGGCUACUAUUGAGCUCACGCAUAAUUGGGGUACAGAGAGCGAUCCUGAUUUCAAAUACCAUAAUGGGAACUCCGAUCCUCGAGGCUUCGGGCACAUAGGCAUUACUGUUGAUGACACAUACAAGGCCUGUGAAAGAUUUGAAAGCCUUGGAGUGGAAUUUGUGAAAAAACCUGAUGAUGGUAAAAUGAAAGGAAUAGCGUUCAUCAAGGACCCUGAUGGUUAUUGGAUUGAAAUCUUUGACACAAAAAUUAUCAAGGAUGUAAGCGCUGGUGCUGCCUAAUUUUUACCAACUAAAUUCCAAAAAUGUCAUAGAGGGUUCAUAUGGCGCACUUGAUACAAAGUCUAAAACUUUUACAAAUUUCUGUUACUAUUGUGAAUUCUGGAUGUAUGAACAAUAAUAGAGGCUUUCUCUUUCACCCUGUCAAUAAGUCUUGUAUAAGAUCAUUCUGGUUUGGGACUGUUCUCCUGAGUUGCUAAUUUAUCCUAGUUUUGAA